CUGCAGCCGGAGAUGGAGUGCUGUGAGUGGGCCGUCUCUUCCCUCAGCUGGGCUCUAAUUCUCGGGGGUCUGGUCUACCUGCUCCGUCAGACCCGGACACACACGCAUUACGGCCGGUACCGACCCGAGCGGAGCCGCUGCUUCCCCGCCAGACUGUCCUGGUUCCUGCAGGAGGUCCCGGCCCUGCUGCUGCCACUGCUGCUGCUGCUGCUGCCCGGGGAGCAGGGGGUGAGACCUGGGGGGAGCAUCGGGGGUGCCCUGCUGAUCUGCACAUUCAUGCUGCACUACUUCCACAGGAGUUCAAUUUAUGCCUUCCAGACUCGAGGUCAGCCCGUCCCGCUGGACAUCGUGGUGUCCACCAGCGUCUUCUGCGCGCUGAACGGCUUCCUGCAGGGUCACAGCCUGCUGCAUUGCGCCCACUACGAGCAUGACGUCAUGAUGCUGGUCCGCAUUGCUGCAGGUUUCCUGCUCUUCCUGCUCGGGAUGAUCAUCAACAUCCACAGCGACCACAUCCUGCGGAAACUAAGGAGGCCCGGAGAGAUCGUCUACAGGAUCCCCCAAGGCGGGUUGUUCGAGCUGGUCUCCGGCGCUAACUUCCUUGGGGAGAUCGUGGAGUGGAUCGGGUUCGCCGUCGCCGCCUGGUCCUUCCCCGCCUUUGCCUUCGCCUUCUUCACCAUCUGCUCCAUCGGGCCCCGGGCCUACCAGCACCAUCGCGAUUACCUGAAGAGGUUUGAGGACUACCCUAGCUGCAGGAAGGCCCUCAUCCCCUUCCUGUUCUGAGCCCUCAUCCCCUUCCUCCUCAUCCUCUUCCUCCUCUGAGCCCUCAUCCCUUUCCUCCUCAUCCCCUUCCUCCUCAUCCCCUUCCUCCUCUGAGCCCUCAUCCCCUUCCUCCUCAUCCCCUUCCUCCUCUGAGCCCUCAUCUUCCUCCUCUGAGCCCUCAUCCCCUUCAUCCUCUGAGCCCUCAUCCCCUUCCUCCUCUGAGCCCUCAUCCCCUUCCUCCUCUGAGCCCUCAUCCCCUUCCUCCUCAUCCCCUUCCUCCUCUGAACCCUCAUCCCCUUCGUCCUCUGAGCCCUCAUCCCCUUCCUCCUCUGAGCCACCAUCCUCUUCCUCCUCUGAGCCCUCAUCCCCUUCCUCCUCAUCCUCUUCCUCCUCUGAGGCCUCAUCACCUUCCUCCUCAUCCCCUUCCUCCUGUUAACCCUCAUCCCCUUCCGCCUCUGAGCCCUCAUCCCCUUCCUCCUCAUCCUCUUCCUCCUCUGAGCCCUCAUCCCCUUCCUCCUCAUCCUCUUCCUCCUCUGAGCCCUCUUCCCCUUCCUCCUCUGAGCCCUCUUCCCUUUCCUCCUCUGAGCCCUCUUCCCCUUCCUCCUCUGAGCCGUCUUCCCUUUCCUCCUCUGAGCCCUCUUCCCCUUCCUCCUCUGAGCCCUCUUCUCCUUCCUCCUCUGAGCCCUCUUCCCUUUCCUCCUCUGAGCCCUCUUCCCUUUCCUCCUCUGAGCCCUCUUCCCCUUCCUCCUCU